GAGAUAGAGGGAGACACAAUCUGAGCCAGGCUCCGAGCCUGAUGCGGGGCUCGAACUCACAAGCUGUGACCUAAGCUGAAGUCAGAUGCUUAACCGACUGAGCCACCCAGGUGCCCCGAAAGUAGUAAAGCUUCUGAGUGCCAUUAUCCUUUUAUUUCAGAAGCUUUAAGUCAGCUUAGGAAAUUUUGAGAGAAGCAGAAAUUACUCAGUUUCAUUUAGAGACAGAGAACACGCUGGUACAGAAGGUAGCAGCUGGCCCAGGGUCACCCACAGGUUCACGGGCACACAGGCCCUCCUCAAACGGCAGACCGGCUGCAGGCCUGGUGGUGGCCCCGUGCCCCACGAGGAGCCUGCCCACACCUUGUCGGGUCAGACGCUCCCCUUCCCGGUGGGUCUGAUGCAUAGACCCACCCCGCAUGCCCUCGUUGCCCCGGGAGGGGGUGGGGCGCUGGGGCCCGGCAGGUGCCGCCUCAGGCCCUGGGGUUGAGUGUCUCUGGCUCCCUGCCCUCCUGCUUCUCCACGUGUGUGCAGGGAGGUCGGCGCCGCCCGGUGUUUCCCAGAUGGCGUGUUUGGGUCUGGGCCCUGGACCCUGGAGGCUGCGGGUCUGGGCGGGCCUGAGCCCAGGGUCGGUGGCCGGAGUCCCAGGGCUCCCAGGUGGAGGCCUUGUGCGUUCUCCUCCUGCUGCCAGAGAGCUCCUUGGUAUGCGGGCCGCUUCCCGCGCAGCCUCCGGCGGACGGCAGGAUAUUUGCAGCGCCUUGGGACUCUGGGGACUCAGCCGGGUGCCCCUUCCCUCCCAGGCGCCCUGCCCUCCGGGCCCUGCGGUGGCGGCUGGUGCGAGCUCUUCAUGCUCCCCGUUUGGGUGCCUCUCCGUCCUGCUUCCUCCAUCCGCUUCUGAGUCGUUAGAGGUGGCACUUUUCCUGGGCGACCUUCUGAGAUGAGAGAGAGUUGGGGAUGUGAGUCCUUGCAGACUGGACUCGCAGUUGCUGAGCGCUUGGGGCCGGCCGCAGGGUGUUUUCUGUAACCACGCAGAGGUGCCUGUGCUGUGAUUAUUUGUCAAGAGAGCCCGAAGGAGUCAGGACGUGGAAGGGCGCACGGGUGGGCACUGGACAAGGCCCUCGCCUGAAGCCAGGGGGACGUUUCUGAGUCAUGUCGCCCCGUGCGGUUCGGUAAUUCCGCUCAGCUUGUCACAGACUACCUUUCCGUUUUUGCUCUUGGUCGUACGUGGGCAACUUUGGAAGUGGAAGUUUACAGGCCUUUCCAUGGGGAUGUGUUGGUUUUCCAUCGCCUGUGGCGAUACAGAAACACGUUUCUGUAUCGUUUCGUUGUUUUUGUUUCGUUUUGUGUGAAGGCUUUUUUUCCUCCAACCUCAGAGUAGCUUGAAGAACUUUUCAGAGCUCCUUAGCAGACACUGUGCACUGGGGCAGUAACCACACAUCUGUGUGGCCCACUGGGAGGCCGAACAAAGUGAUUUUUAAUACUGAGUAGGCUCGGCUUUCUCAUUUUCUUUUCUUGUUUUGGCAGAAUGAGACCAGAACAAGGAGUGAAAACGUGACACUGUCUUUGGGCGCCCCUUUGAAUUAAAGUUGGCGGAGCAUUCAACUCUUCAUCUUGGGGUCGUGAGUUCGAGCCCCAUGUUGGGUGUAGAGGCUACUUAAAUGAGUAAAUACACUUAAGAAAAAGAGAGAGAGAAAAGUUGGUUUGACUCUUGCCCGCUGAACUUGGUUGGGCAACGUAGUGAACAUCUGAGGAGUGGAUAGGUGGUCUUCUGAACCUGUUGGCAUCUCCUCUGCUCUGGCUUCCGGACUGCUGGUGCUGCUUUGCUGUCUUCGGCACGGUGGAGACCCAGCUGGCCUUGCUGAUGGGGCAGAGGGCGGCUGGCAAGGUUGCCCGCAGUACUACAGAGUUCUCCCGAUGGAGAGAGCCACGAGUAUUUCCAAGAGUCCGUAGAGGAGCAACAGCAAGGCUUCCAGAUGAACAACCGAAAGGAAGACAUGGAGAUUGCGUCCCACUACCGGCACCUGCUGCGGGAACUGAACGAGCAGCGGCAGCACGGCGUCCUGUGCGACGUGUGCGUCGUGGUGGAGGGCAAGGUCUUCAAGGCGCACAAGAACGUCCUGCUCGGCAGCAGCCGCUACUUUAAGACGCUGUACUGCCAGGUGCAGAAGACGUCCGAGCAGGCCACGGUCACGCACCUGGACAUCGUCACGGCGCAGGGCUUCAAGGCCAUCAUCGACUUCAUGUACUCUGCCCACCUGGCCCUCACCAGCAGGAACGUCAUCGAGGUGAUGUCCGCCGCCAGCUUCCUGCAGAUGACGGACAUCGUGCAGGCCUGCCACGACUUCAUCAAGGCCGCGCUGGACAUCAGCAUCAAGCCCGACGCCUCGGACGAGCUCUCCGAGUUCGAGAUCAGUGCCCCUCCUGGCAGCAGCACGGACGCCCUCAUCUCGGCCGUGAUGGCGGGAAGGAGCAUCUCCCCGUGGCUGGCCCGGCGCACCAGCCCCGCCAAUUCUUCCGGAGACUCGGCCAUCGCCAGCUGCCACGAAGGGGGCAGCAGCUACGGGAAGGAGGACCAGGAGCCCAAGGCUGACGGCCCCGACGACAUUUCUUCGCAGCCGCUGUGGCCCGGGGACGUGGGCUACGGGUCUCUGCGCGUCAAGGAAGAGCAGAUCUCCCCGUCUCAUUACGGAGGGAGUGAGCUCCCUUCCUCCAGGGAUGCGGUGAUACAGAACUCUUUCUCGGAGCAGGCUGGCGGGGACGGCUGGCAGCCCACGGGUCGCAGGAAGAACCGGAAAAACAAAGAGACGGUCCGGCACAUCACACAGCAGGCGGAGGGCGAUAGCCGGGCCGGCUCCCCGGUGGCCCCUUUCCUUCCGACGUCCGGGUGGCCAUUCGGCGGCCGCGACUCAGGCGCGGACCUGACUGUCGCUGAAGCCAGCAGCUCUGACAGCCGCGGGGAGAGGGCUGAGCUGUACGGCCACGUGGACGAGGGUCUCCUGGGAGGAGAGGCCAGCUACCUGGGCCCGCCCCUCACCCCCGAGAAGGACGAGGCCCUGCAGCAGGCCGCCGCGGUGGCCAACCUGCGGGCGGCACUCAUGAGUAAGAACAGCCUGCUGUCCCUCAAGGCGGACGUGCUCGGGGACGACAGCUCCCUGCUGCUGGAGUACCUGCCCAAGGGCACCCACUCUCUGUCCCUCAACGAGUUCACGGUGAUCAGGAAGAAGUUCAAGUGCCCGUACUGCAGCUUCUCGGCCAUGCACCAGUGCAUCCUCAAGCGGCACAUGCGCUCCCACACGGGCGAGCGGCCCUACCCCUGCGAGAUCUGCGGCAAGAAGUUCACGCGGCGCGAGCACAUGAAGCGGCACACGCUGGUCCACAGCAAGGACAAGAAGUACGUGUGCAAGUUGUGCAGUCGGGUGUUCAUGUCAGCCGCCAGCGUGGGCAUCAAGCACGGCUCCCGGCGCCACGGUGUCUGUGCCGACUGCGCAGGCCGCGGUGUGGCCGGUCCCCUGGAUGGCGGUGGCACUGAGGGCUCCCCCGAGCUGUUCCCUGGCGACGGGCCCUACCUGGAAGAUCCCGACGACCCGCGGGGGGAGGGCGAGGAGGAGCUGUGUGAGGACGAGGACGAGGUGGGCCUGGCCCACGAGGACGCGCUGCUGGCGGCCGAGAAGGGGGACGAGGACUCUCCGCGGGGUCCUGGCAGCCCCCCAGGGGCACCGGACAAGGACUUCUGGAUCUCCUAGGCGCCGGGCCGGGGUGGCGCGGCACCACCCUCUCCUGUGUGUGCGCGUGUGUGUGUGCGUGUGCGUGUGUGUGUGUGUGUGUGUGUGUGUCUGUCCUGCCUGCGGCCAGGCCAUGGUGACCCCCUUCCUCCCCCAUUAUUCUGUUCCCGCCCCCCAGACACACACACACACACACACCACCCUGAGGCUCACAGGCAGGCAUGACCCCAGGAAGUAAGGGCUCUGGAACCGAACAGCAUGUUGGGGGACACGGGGUGGGGUUGAGCCCAGGAGAGCACACAGUCCGACACGUCUGUGGGGCAAAUAGAGGAUCCCCAGCAGGUACAUGUAGAUAGGGCGUCGAGGGAGCCCGUGUGGCCAGUCUGGCCUCGGGAUACACCGUAGCCCGACGGCCAGGUCGAGGUCAGCACUGGUCCCGGUUGUGAGCGUGGUCCCCGAGGCCACAGGCCCAAGAGACGUUAAGGGAGGUUUUGCACACGCCCGAUGUCCAGCGUGGAGUCUCCCCCUGCCCCCUGCUCUGCUCCCCUCUUCUCAGCAGCCCGGUCACUGCCUGCGGCCACCGCCGCAGUCUCUUGCCGCCGUUGUGGCCGCCGGCGGAGCCCAGGUCGGGUGUACAGAAAGCCCGUGGCCCUCCCGCCUCUGGGCUUUGGUGCUUAACAUAAAACAGCUGCAGAAGCCCCCCACUGGGGCCGGGGACCCCCAGGUGCUAUCUUCCGGCAGAGGCAGCCAGGUGGGGACCGAUGGGCCACCGAUGUGCCACGCUCCUCUGGUGCAGGGCUCAGCGCUCCCCGCGCCUGGCCGCUCGGGUCCUUUUGGGGGGCCUGGGCUCUUUGUUCCGCGUGCACUUCCUUGGGGAGCCCGGGGGCGGCCUCAUCCCCUGGGCUCCGCCGUCCUCCCUGCCUGGGCCAGUCCUCCUGACCCUCCCGAGUGCCCUUGCCUUGUUGCUGCUAACACUGGAGGCGGUGUUCCUGGCUGCCGUGUGCUGCUCGCACGUCCCCGCGUGGGUAACCAAACUUUUCAAGUAGUCAGAGCCGUCCUGAGGUAGUUACGUCAAAAUACUUGGUUUGGCAUUAUUUUCUCACCUGACGAAACAGAGUUGUCUUUCUCGUCCUCUCGUCGUCUCUUUAGAUGCGCUCCCGCCUCUUUAUUAAUUUUCUGGGUGGAAAGCCAGGCCUGGCUGUGAGGAGCCUCCCCCGGGCCGCAGGACGCACACCGGUCUGUCUUCUCCCUCGUUAAAGCUGUUCCUGACGACACUUCACCACUAAGACAUUCCGUCUCGCACCCACGUGGCUCGGGCUUGGGCAAGACUCAGGCCACGCAAAGACUCCCCCGGGUGCUCAGCUGGAGCCCCCGUUGCAGAUGGUGGUUUUAUUUUCUCUUUUCCACAGACUCUAAGCUUUUACCGGGUUUUUCGUUGUGUCGCAUAUGUUCUUUCUAGGUGGAAAAAGGAAAAUGCCACAAGACCCUAACUUCGGUUCCGAUGGUGGCCGGGAGCACGUUGGGGGCCCAGGCUGCUGUUGGGGGUGCUGGGGACCAGGGCUGGCAGGAAGCCCUGCGGGGGGAGGGGGGGGCACAACUUCUGCGUUUGUCUUAAAUACAGUCAGCCGAGUAUCCAUCAGUUAGAGGGCCUGCACAGAGCUGUCAUCCGGCCUCCUGCACUCCUGUCCCGCGUGGUGACCGCGCGGUGACCGAGCCCGCUCUGGCUGCCCUGCUUGCCCAUCCGCCCACGGUGGGCAAGGCCAGCGCAGGGGCUCUGGGCCACGCUUCCCUUCCUGCCUCUCACCGGUGAGGCCCGGGCUGCAGCCCUCGCGGAGCCCUCAGAACCAACCGCGUACCUCCCCGACUUUAUGAACCCUUUUCUACACAGACUGAUUUUCUUACAAAUGUAUUUGGAAACCAGACCUUUGCUACCAACAGUGUCUCUGGGUUUCUUACCAGCCCCCACCCCCCCCUUCCCGCUCGGGCCGUCCUGCCCGCACCCCGGGCCACCUGUGCCUCCGCACUCAGGACACCUCGCUCUUUCUGACCCGCUCGCUCCCUGCUCUGGACCGCCCUUGCUGGCCUUUCGGGGGGCUCGCUGUCAGUGCCACGGGGCAUCUUCUUCCUUAAAACCAAUACUGUACCGGACGACCGAGGGCCCCGCUCUGCCCGAGCUCCCCAGGCGUUUGCUGCGUGGCAACCUCAGCUCUACGCGGUUGUCCGCCGUCGGGGAUGAACCCGUCACCUCUCAGGAGGCGUGGAGGGAAGAGACGUGUAAUGAAGGGUUUUUUUACGUGACUGAUUUUUUUUUAAAUCGAUGUUUAAACUAAUAAAUAUUUUUUUAUGAAGAGGAAAAAAUGUGUAGAUUACAUUUCACGUUUUGUACUUUUCUGUUUGUGUCUUGUGUGUAUUUUGGUGUUUGCAACACCAAAGUGGAAAAUGCAGUCCGUUGAGUGGGGAGUUCUUUGGGGUGGGGGUGGGCAGGGAACCCGUAUGACUUUUGUAUCCAGCUCUGGAUCCUGACCAGGUUGUACAUUUGGACUCUGGGUUGUGGGGAACAGUCAGAACACUGCCAGGACUCAAUAGGGACCUCGACUCGAGAGACACAGCUGCUGCUUCCAACUUUGCACAUCUUCCUUUUUAAAAAAGAAAACUCUGAGAAAAUGCAAAAACUGGAACUUUUUGCAAUAUUAUGAAAGAUAAUCUUAUUUUCGCUCAUCCUGUGACGUGUGCGACGCGUAAGAAAGCCAUACUUCACGGUUGUUUUUAUCUUUUAGCUUCUAUAUUGUGUUUUGUACGUGGCCCUUUCAGAACUACUUGUAGUGAGGGUGCUGCUGUGUGUGCUUUUCUUAAAUAUUUAUUUUUUCAACAUGCUUUCAACCUGUCAACAAAAACAAAACAGACAAAAAAGGGCAGUGUUUGAAAAACUGUUGUGGUUUUUUUUCCCCCUUGGGGAUGAUCUAUAUUCUACCCACUCUAUAUUAAUCAUCAUAAACCUGUGUUUGUAUCGGAGACGUGUUUCAUACUCGGGGGGCAGAGACUUCGGUAACGGGUCCAGCUGCUACCGUCUGCGGCCACAGGGCAGGCGGACAGCGCACCCUCUCUAGCGGUCUUGCGAUUCUUGUCCGCCUCGGCGAGCUCCGGGCCUGCCCGUGGGUUCCUUUCUGUGACGGGGUUAGCUUAGACAUUCUUGCAAAGCUUCCACUUUCAAUAAACUGGGAAAUUGCUGCUCGA